UCCCUGACUCUGAUGGAGCCUGUCACUGUGGGGCAGGGCUCAGGGAGUGGGCACAGCUGCUGCGGCUCGUGUCGGGGGCCGCAGCUGACCGGAGGCGCUGACCGGAGGGGCCUGCGAGCGCCUGGGGCAGAGACCACUCAUCGGAGAGAGCACGCAGUGAACCCCGUUACUGCUGUUGGCUGAGCUGAGUGUGCAGGUGAAGACCCGACACAGUGACCGGCACACCAGAUGGACGCCAGGAGUCCAGAGCCCGGCACACAGGACCCACCAGACCCAGGGGAAGAGCUGGAGCUGCGCUGGGUGGAGCUGGGCUCAGAGGGGGCCCAGGGAGCUGGCUCAGAGGGGCCCAGCACCCCCCGGGCCGGGGGGUGCCUGCUGCGGGCAGUGCAGACCGGUGGCCUGGGCCUGGUGACCCAGCUGCUGCGCCAGGGAGCCAGCGUGGAGGAGAGGUCCGCAGGUGCCGAAAUUCCUGCGCGCUACACUGACUUAGAUGUGCGUGUUUUCAACGAUGACAAAGACAUGGAGGUGCUGCUUGAGCACGGAGCAGACCCGGGCCUGAGGGACAGGAGCGGCCGCACCGCGCUGCACAGGGCGGCUGCCGUGGGACACCUGCCCGCAGUGCAGCUGCUGGGGGCCCGGGGUGCCGACCCCGACGCUCGCGACGCGCUGGGCCUCACGCCCCUGCACCACGCUGCCCGGGGAGGCCACUUGGAGGUCGCUGGCCAUCUUCUGGACAGGGGUGCACAGGUCAAUGCGGCUGGCUGGCUCCUCCAGACCCCCCUGCACCUGGCCACCGAGCGCGGACACAGCCCCACCGCGGAGCUGCUGCUGAACCGGGGAGCCAGCCCCACCCUGAGGACGCAAUGGGGCGCGGGGGCCCAGGCCCCGGCGUCCGGGGGCCGCUGAUGCUGCCUGCCUCAGUGGAGGGGGGAGGGUGGCGCCCCAGCCCUGUGAGAGCGUCCCUGGCCGCAGCGCUGUCCUGUGCGGGAGGGCAGGGACGGUGCAGCUCGGGGGCCGGGUGCUGCCCACAGAACCUUUGGGUCCUCUUGGCACUGUCCACUCUGACAGGGAGGAAAGGCCGCUGAAGCCAGCGGGCUGCCCUUCCUCUGGCCCCAUGAGGGGUGCUCAUGCUGACUGCUACCGGCUUCUGGAAAUUGGGUAACACCAGAGACAUCUCAGACAUCUCCUUCCAGGGUGGAGACGGGACGGAGCCCCCACCCCGCUUCCUCCUCCUACCCAGGCCAGCUGCCGGUGCCCUGCAGUGGCUGGAACAGCCCCCUCAGCCUGUGGGGCCCAGCUUGUAGCCCCUCAGGGUCUCCCACCUGCAAGCCUGCUUGGGCACUGCUGAGUCCUGCUGCUGAUUGGACCGGCUGGCACCGGCCACUCUCGGCUCGCACCGGGUCGGUCCAUUUCAUGACCCAGCAUCUCUCUGUCACACACACAAAGGAGGUCGCCGGGCCCAAGGCAAAGAGGCAGAGCCAGCCGGGAGCCAGCCGGGAGCCAGCGGGGGCCAGCGGGGGCCAGCGGGGGCCGCAGGCGAGGAGUCACAGCCGCCUCCCGGUGGCUGGUUCCCAGGCCGGUGGGCACAGUGAGACGGCCACUUCGAGCCAUCGGCUUCCGGGGCCAUCUGAGGCAGCCAGGCGACGGGAACAGCAAGGUGUCGCGGGCUGGCCUCGGGCCUGCUCGGGGGCAGGAGUCUGCUGGGAGCCUGCAGGGCCGGCCGCGCACACCAGGGAAAGCCUCCUCCCCGCUGGGUGGACGCCGGUGGGUCCGGAGGGAAGGGCGCAGUCAGAGCCCCCCGCGGGUGCUGGUGGGCGCCUGCAGGCUGGAGGGACAAGAUGACGUCCCCUGCCGGGCAGUCGGCCCAGCCGGCGAUGCCCCGCAGCCCGGGA